GGAUGGGUGCAUGGACGAGGAUCACCCUGUGUACAGAUUGCUCCAUCUGCUGACAAAAAUGAUAAUACGCUCUUCAACCUCGUAAUUACUAGACGCUCGAUAGAUGGCACCAAACUAAAACCUGACUAAUACCUCCAACGUCAAGGCACUAUUGACAGUGACAGGUGAUUUAUUUCAUGCGAUUUUCACUUUCACGUUCUAUGCUGAGAGGCGUAUAACCGCAUUGUGCAAAAAUUUUACUGAAAAAUCAAUUUUUUAAUCAAAAUACGACUUUGGUAAUCCUUUAACAAUGAAACCUAUCAUGCUGCAAGGGCACGAACGUGCCAUAACGCAAAUCAAGUACAACAGAGAAGGAGAUUUGCUCUUUUCGUCUUCAAAAGACAACAAACCCAAUGUAUGGUAUUCCUUGAAUGGAGAACGUCUUGGUAGCUUUAAUGGUCACCAGGGUGUAGUUUGGUGCAUAGAUGUUGACUGGACAACCACAAGAUUUAUGUCUGGUGCUGGUGACAGAACCUGCAGGAUAUGGGACUGUGAAACAGGCAAAGAAAUUGGUUGCAUCACAUCUGCAUCUUCUGUAAGGACAUGCAUGUUCAGCUAUUCUGCCAACAUGGCUGUAUACACUACAGAUAAAGCUAUGAAACAAGAUUGUGAGAUGUUUAUAAUAGAUACCAGGGUAGUAGAUGACAGCACAGGUCAGCAAGAUCCUAUUUUGAGGAUACCCAUCAAAGGAUCAAGGGUAUCAUCUAUACUAUGGGAUUUAGAUGACAGUAUCAUUAGUGGACAUGAGAACGGAGAGAUUACCCAGUGGGAUCUCAAGGUAAAACAUCUUUGUUUCUCUUAUUGUGGUUCAAAACAUUAUUUGCCAGAAGAAAACUUCUUUGUCAAUGAUAUGCAGUGGAACAAGGAUGGAACAAUGUUCAUAACUGCAUCUAAAGAUCAUACUGCCAAGUUAUUUGAUGCCAAAGACUUGCUGCUCCUCAAGACCUACAAAACUGAGAGACCUGUCAAUUCUGCUUCCAUCAGUCCAAUCAUGGAACAUGUUGUUUUAGGAGGUGGUCAAGAAGCUAUGGAUGUGACAACCACCUCAACCAGAGUAGGAAAAUUUGAUUCCAGAUUCUUUCACAUGGUAUUUGAGGAGGAAUUUGGUAGAGUUAAAGGGCAUUUUGGACCCAUCAACAGUGUGGCAUUCCAUCCUGAUGGAAAGGGCUAUAGUUCUGGAGGAGAAGAUGGUUAUGUUAGAGUGCAUACUUUUGACUCAUCAUACUUUGAAUACAAUUUUGAUUAUUAGUAUGCAUUUGUAUUUAAUUUUUAUUAAACAAUUCUUUAUAAGCAGG